CUUUCUCAGGUUUCUGCUGAUCUUGCAGCGCCCAGAAAUGGACCGAGCGGGCCAGCCGCUGCACGCACCCUGCCCCACUCCGAGCUCCUGACCGCCCCGCGCGCGCCGCGCAGCCUCGGCGGGAGCCACUCCGGGGUGCGGGAAGCCGAGGGACCGCGAGCCAUGGAGAUCCAGGAGGCUCCAGCUCGCCCGCCUCCUUCGGGAUCGAAUCAAGGGCUCCCGUAGUGUUAGGAGGGGGCGAGAGUGCUGUUUAUCGUCAUUUGCUUCAGAGCUUCGGGAGAGGGUGGCGUUUUGCUUUUCCGCCCCGCAUCCUCCGGAACUCCCUGCACCCGAGAGGCCGGUGCCCCUAGGUUGCUGGCACCCGGUGAGAAUGGGGGUUGGGAACGGACAUUUCUGCCGUGGCUGCUCAGUCCAGCGACUGUCCCGCUGAACGGGCUCAGGGAGAGGGGGCGAGGGCGGUGUUUGCCCGGCGCGCUUCGGAUGCUCUGCGGCAGCGGCCGCGGCUCCCGCCCGGAUACUGCACAAGCGACCUGCCGCAUUCCGACGCGGGCCCUCCGCCGGUUCAGCACCGCCCCUGCGCCAAGACGGCCGGCCAGCGUCCAUCGAUCGCCCUGGUGGGAGCUUAGAAGGCGGCAGGCGAAGAGGGGUAGGAGGGGGGAGAGCCCAGGAGAAGCAGAGGGGGUGGCAGGCAGGGGACCUGCUGAGCUGGCUCUGCAUCCGGUCCUAGAAAGGCUCCAGAAGGGGAGGGGAGACCAGGGUGACCCCCGAAGCGAUGGCCCACUCUGCUAGAACGGCACUGCGUUAACGCACUUCGGAACAGGAGAUACCAGCUUUCAUCCCCCCCCCCACACCCCCACCCCAACCCUCGGCAAAAAGCUGCACCCUGAGCCGCAGGCGCGGGGGAUUCCAAACUGAGUCUAAGGCAGGGUGGAGGGGAAGGGGACCGGAGCCGAGGCGCCGAUCUCCAGACCAGCUUGCAUUGAAGCCUCUCGGCUGAGCGUGGGGGAGACACGCACUCCGGUGGGGGGGGCGCUUGGGUCCCCCCCACCCCUCCUCUCCGGCUCCUUCCCAUCCCGGGCUCUCUCCUGGUCUCUCGCCCCUGAGCUCGGCUACCACCAUGACGGUGAUGUCUGGGGAGAACGUGGAUGAGGCUUCGGCCGCCCCGGGUCACCCCCAGGAAGGCAGCUACCCCCGGCCCGCGGACCACGACGACCACGAGUGCUGCGAACGUGUGGUGAUCAACAUCUCCGGGCUGCGCUUCGAGACGCAGCUUAAGACCCUGGCUCAGUUCCCCAACACGCUGCUGGGCAAUCCUAAGAAACGCAUGCGCUACUUCGACCCCCUGAGGAACGAGUACUUCUUCGACCGCAACCGGCCCAGCUUCGACGCCAUCCUCUACUACUACCAGUCCGGGGGCCGCCUGCGCAGGCCGGUCAACGUGCCCCUGGACAUGUUCUCCGAGGAGAUCAAGUUUUACGAGCUGGGUGAGGAGGCCAUGGAGAAGUUCAGGGAGGACGAGGGCUUCAUCAAGGAGGAGGAGCGCCCCCUGCCCGAGAAGGAGUACCAGCGCCAGGUCUGGCUGCUCUUCGAGUACCCAGAGAGCUCGGGGCCUGCACGGGUCAUCGCCAUCGUCUCGGUCAUGGUCAUCCUCAUCUCCAUCGUCAUCUUUUGCCUGGAGACUCUCCCUGAGCUGAAGGAUGAGAAGGACUUCACGGGCACCGUGCAUCGCCUCGACAACACCACGGUCAUCUACAGCUCCAACAUCUUCACGGACCCCUUCUUCAUCGUGGAGACACUGUGCAUCAUCUGGUUCUCCUUUGAGCUGGUGGUGCGCUUCUUCGCCUGCCCCAGCAAGACGGACUUCUUCAAAAACAUCAUGAACUUCAUCGACAUCGUGGCCAUCAUCCCUUAUUUCAUCACCCUGGGCACUGAGAUAGCUGAGCAGGAGGGAAACCAGAAGGGUGAGCAGGCCACGUCGCUGGCCAUCCUCAGGGUCAUCCGGCUGGUAAGGGUGUUUAGAAUCUUCAAGCUCUCCCGCCACUCCAAGGGCCUCCAGAUCCUGGGCCAGACCCUCAAGGCUAGUAUGAGAGAGCUAGGGUUGCUCAUCUUUUUCCUCUUCAUCGGGGUCAUCCUGUUUUCUAGCGCAGUGUACUUUGCCGAGGCGGAAGAAGCUGAGUCGCACUUCUCCAGUAUCCCUGAUGCUUUCUGGUGGGCGGUGGUGUCCAUGACCACUGUAGGAUACGGUGACAUGUACCCUGUGACAAUUGGAGGCAAGAUCGUGGGCUCCUUGUGUGCCAUCGCUGGUGUGCUCACAAUUGCCCUGCCCGUACCUGUCAUUGUGUCCAAUUUCAACUAUUUCUACCACCGAGAAACUGAGGGGGAAGAGCAGGCUCAGCUGCUCCACGUUAGCUCCCCUAAUUUAGCCUCUGACAGUGACCUCAGUCGUCGCAGUUCCUCAACUAUCAGCAAAUCUGAGUACAUGGAGAUCGAAGAGGAUAUGAAUAAUAGCAUAGCCCAUUAUAGACAGGCCAAUAUCAGAACUGGCAAUUGCACCACAGCUAACCAAAACUGUGUUAAUAAGAGCAAGCUACUGACCGAUGUUUAAAAAGCCAAGCAAACAGGCAAAAAAGCCCCACUUAGCGGCCUGAAAGACUUCUAAAAGCUAAACAAACCCCCAGGUGACCCAGGUCACUCCUUUGUAGAUACCUUACUAAAUAGUGUGUGAAUGUUCUGUCAAUGCGUUGUUGCAUUGCAGAUGUUGGGGGUGGUGAACCAGAAGCUUUCAAGAUCCAUGAAAGAAAUAAACUAUUUUCAUUUCAUUUAAAAAAUGGGAAAAGGAAGUGUAUUUUCCAAAACUGGUUUAGAAACUUGCAGUCCAUGAGCUAGUCUAGGUAAAACGAGAUUCAUAUGCUCCCCUAUACCGAGAUUUUUUAAUCCUCUGGCUUCUUUAGCUUUUUCUCUCUUAGCUAAAAACAAGAUGAUCACUUAGCAAUGUGAAAUUAAAAUUUGCAUGGAACUCCAAUAUAAAAUUUUUGCGAAGUGCACAUCUAAGACAGUGCAUCUGAUGUAGUACAUGUAACAUGAUAUACUAGCGGAAACGGGCAAUGGACACAUGUUGUUUUUAUUUUGAUCAACUGAACUGUAUACUACACGGUGAAAAAAAAUCCCCAUGAAAUUACCUAAGACUGGUUCAUAAGGCACCUUAUACAUGUGAGACUGGUUCUGGUCUAUAGGGAUUUUCCCUUUACCCCAUUCCCCUUCUGAUUCAAACUAUUCUGAAGAAAAAAGUAACCAAAUGAACUGAAUUGAUUCAUCUGCAGUGCUGCUAAGUCCCUCAGCUGCAGGUGAGCCAGACACAGGUCUUUCUUCACCAGUCCUGCACCCUGACCCCUGGCCUCCAGAACUGGAUGUAAACCCUUAGCCUCCUUCUUGCAAGAGAGCACAAACGGAACUAAGUGUAAGCAUGUUUGACUCUGAUAAUAUUUAUGUUAUAAUCGCAUGCUGAGAACGUUAACUCAGACAAUAGGGGAUAAGCUUACUUUGAAUUGACUCUCCUAAAAAUAAGCCCCUUUUCAUUUCCAUUCACCAAAAGUGCACUCCUUCAUUUCCUAAAUCUUUCAUUGGUAAAUAAAGUACUGUAUUUAAGUGCAUAUGUUAGUCAGAUGGGAACAAUAACUUUUUGGAGUUCAAAGCAUGUUCUCUUAUUCAGCAUUAUGGCCUAUUUGAUUAAGGUGUACCUUAAAUUAAUUAAUGCAUGAUUUCAGUUAAAAAUUAAAAAAAUAUCAAAGAUUACAAGUUUGUGGGUAAAGGUCCCAAAAGAAAUAAAGGGGGGUGGGGGUUGGGAGGCACUCAGUCAAUUUUUCUGCCUUUGCUCAGGGAAAUGUCAGGCUUCUGUGCAGGUUUAGGCAGAGAGAGGACCAAUUUGCCCAUCCCUUAAAGGGAAGCUAUGUGGAAUAUUAAGUCAUCAAGGUAUAUAGAGCAACACCUAUGAACAAGUAUUCUUUCUAGCUGAAAAAUGAACCCAAGUGAAACAAACAAACAGAAACAAAGGUGCAUGUUUUCUGGUGCAUUCUCAGAAUGUGAAUGAAAAUGCUUAUCUCUUGUAUGCAUCCAGAGCAGAGAUGAUUUCUUUUAGCAGUCAUGAUUUGAAGUCUGUAGAGACUUCGGCCCUCCCCUUGAGGCUCCCUGAAGGAACUCAACCAAUUGAUUUAAUAGUUGCUUAGUGCCUUUAUCCUGUACCCACAGUGAACUGCGGGAAGUGCCUCCAUUAACACAGCUGAGAAGUUAGGUAACAAAAAGAGGAAGGGCUGGGGCACAGGUGUUUUGCUUUGUCUUUUCCCCACCCUCGCUUUCUCACUUCACCACUGUGCGAAGACCACACCAUCCGGAACCACUGAGAGGAGACAUCAGGGAAGGUGCUGCCUUCUGGCUAUCCAAUAGACUCCGUCCCUUUGGCAGCCUGAUGUGCCAUGUGACCUGGGGGCCUGAGACUCAUCUUUGAACUGGAAUGAACUGCGAAUUUGUGUUAUCCUUCUCCACCAGAAGCCAACGUAGACUUUCUGGGAAUUUGCGUCCUCUUGAGGGCCGCGCUGGACGUGCAAGUCUUCCUCAGGGCUAGGGUAGUGUUCUUUGCAAAGUUCCUCCUCCCUCCUCAGUUAGCAACAGCCCUUCGCAAACCUCUGAUAGUCUGAUCUUUCCAGGCUUCGUGGUGGACGCGGGAACACUCAGUUCAUGAUAACCUUUCCUAGGCCUUCCCUCCUGGCCCACUCCCCUCAGGUAUUUCCUGUGAUGCUCCUAAGAUCUUCUCACCUGGCAGUCACUUCAUAGGCUGAGCGUCUAAUUUCUGCUGCCCCAGUCACCCAACCCAGAGAAUGGUGGGGACCCUGUACCUAGCUGAAAGAGAGCCAUGUUAACACAGGCCUCGGGGGCCCAGCAAGUGUGCACCAGUGGAGAGGCACUCAAAGCCUUUUUAAGGACACCAGGGUGGGGAACCUUCCUUCUGCACUUAGCGUUGGCUGCCUGCUGCUGACCACCUCACCUUCCUGCCCUGCUCCUUCUGGAAGUCUUCCCUGUUACUUCUACCCCUUCCCCCACCCUAUCCUAGAACUAGCGGUGAGACAAUAAACCAGGAAACCAGAGUAACACCCAGGCUGGCUGACCCAACUGAAAGAAAGAACAUGGAUAUUUUAUUUUCCUGUGCGGCUUCUGUGAAUCUGUAAGACUAAGGUGACAUCAAGGAAGACAAGGGGCCAAAGACUGCAGAGAAUCCGACCACAGGGGUUAAACCCUCCCCUGUGAUGUUUCCUUCUCUUUCUACCCUUGACUCAUCCUGGCUAUUUCUCUCCUACCUGCUUAAAAGUCCCUGGUUGGAAAAAAAAUGCCAACCUUCCCCAGAUUUCUGGGGAUAUCUUGAUCUUUUCUUUAGACUUUGAGAUCUAGGACACACAGAACUUGAAACGCUGCUCUGUCAACAGCAAUAAUCCACUCAGUACUGUGGGACAGUCGGGCCAGAGGAUGAGAACACAGGGCCAAGGCUGCCAAGACUGACUUUGGCUACCUGGUAUACCUCUCGUACUUAUGUGCUGAACUGGUGAUUCCUCUGCACAUGUUACAGGAAAAGGGCUGCAUGCAGUGACCCUGUCAGCCUGGGACUGGUCUCUAUGACCUUGGGUGGUAUGGGGAAACGAGUGCUGCUUAUCCUUCUGUAGCUCAUUGCAACCAGCUCGGUGAGAACGGAGUACAGGGAUGAUCUGUGUAGCAUAGGCAUGUGGAGUCUGAUGAAGCUCUUAACCCGCGCACUGUAAUGUGCUAAAAUGUUUUUGUAGACCUGAAGGUGCACUUAACAAAACUGCCUAUUAAGGAAUGACUGUCUUUUGGGUUACCUUCAUUUAUUUUAUCAGGCUUUUUACCUUUUGCCCCCUCCCUGGGUCUUGAGCUUUAACAGCUCGUGUCCUGAGUACUUGUUUUUUCCAGGUGGAGAAGCCUGGAUGAGCUGAGAGUCACAGAGCAGCCGUUCCCGUGCACUGUGGCCCUAGUUCAAUAGGGUGGCCAUGGGAGGGUCGGGCCACACCCCAGAAUCUCUGAAGUGGCUAACUCACCUCAAGUGAUCUGAAUUAGAGAGACCAAAGACAUUCAUUUCCUCUGUCCUCAGAUUUUUAGAAGACAGAUUGCAGCCAGGAAAGGUUUUGUGCUUGCAUCUCUUCUUCCCCAUCUGUGCCCAACCCUUGCUUGCUCCCCCGUGAGAGUUGAGUUCUGAUUAUCAGUUGAUACCAUUCAUUGGGACUGUGUUAGUGAGUUAGCCCAGCAAAAUCCAAUGAGCCAAGCAAAUUCUUCUCCUGGAAUAUGGCUGAUGGACAAUCAUUUCUCUAAAAUGAAAUUGUACAGUAGGUGUGGGGUCCCUUGUGAAGCUGAAGCACAGCCAAAACACACAAGCUUGACUCACUUGAGAAUUAAAAACAAAACAGAAUAUGUAAAUAGUAAGUGAGGAAUGGGUUUGUUUAAGUAGAAAUUUGGUUUCAUCCUCAAAGGGCAUUCUUCACAUUGUAUAGAGUUAACAGAUUUUUCAAAUUAGUUAACAUCUGAAGAGUCAGUAAAAGUAGUUUCCUAAUCCUCCCCUUUAAUUUAGGAGACCCCAAAACACAUGUUUUUUAAAACAACUUUGGAAUCGAAUUCCUCAUUUGAAAUAGAGCGAAUAGGAGAAAGAGAACAAUCAGCAGAAAGCGAGUCCCCCUUUUCUUCCAGGAACGACUCAUUUCUGGGAGUGGUGAGAAUUAGUGGGUGGUAACCAUCCAUAGGAUAAAAUUGUUAGAAAGAAUAUAAACUGCCAAACAGCCAUUUUAUCUUCCCACUUUUUCAAGUAAGGAUGAAGCCUUUUGAUAUUUAUGUUCAUUUCAAGAAGACAAACUAAAUUUUUUAAACCAGACAACUCAAGUUGACCUAUGAUCUCAGGAGAUCGUCUCCCAUCCACUAUGCGGUGUAUUAGUGCUUGUGUUUAUAUCAUGGAAUUUCAGGGUAUAUGCUAAUGUGUUCAGCAUGACUCAGGUAAACCUUAGAAGAAUGUACAUUGCUUAUCAUUUUUGUAAAAAAGUGAACAGGAGCUGAGUAGUUAACCAAAACUCUUCCCUUACAUUGGGUUCCUGUGUGAACUCAUUCAGGGUGUACAGGUCUAAGGUUUAGAAAUCUUGGGAUCAAGCACCAGUCUCUUUGCUCAGGCAAAAUGACCAUGGGCUUUCUUCAGAAGGCCAGUGUGUGUGUAAGGGGCUGAGGUCCUGCUGACCUCAGAACUAUUAGCUUUAGGGAGAUUAGCUCUAGUCACAGUGAUUUUCAUUUAGGAACUAACAACAAGUUUACUUUUUAUGACGUGAGACUUCAAAGAGUACAGAAGAGCUUUGUACCAUAACCAGAGAGGAAGAAAUGGUGUAAGGAAAGUAAACCAAACAAAACACAAAAUCCCUUGCAGAAUAUUCCAGGUGAACAGUUGUCUCCUCUCCAAAACUUAAAGAAACACCUUCUCUUCAGCACACUGUUUGGGAGCCAUUUAUGUGGCAGCUGUAAGUCGACAGCAUGGACUCUAAGUGACAUACCUCUAAUAGUAAAGUAUUACCGAGGUUAAAAAUAAAAAUUGACUAGUAUUAGUUUGAAGUGCACCAUCAGGACAACAAACCAUUUAAGCUGGAAAAGCACUAUUUUAUUUCUUGAGUUUGCCAGUUGCUUACACCUUGACUUAAGGACGUGUUGUCUCAUUUUCUCCUACUGUGCAUUCCCCGCCCUGAUGUUUACUGUGUCAGGUAGAGGACAUUGAAUGUUAUGAAUCAAGAACCUAAUUGAAGCGCAUAGUUUUCAUCUAUGCAAUUUUCCUUGCUUCUGUCACUAUAUGGUCUGUUCAUACUUGGCAUCAAUUAAAGAUAAUUUUUAAGGAUCUUAUCAAGGAAUACCGAUUUGUUAUUUGUCUCUUGUUCAACUGGUCUCCAGGGAGCCUUUCCUGCAGGGUCUCAUUAAGUAACAUGAUGAAGCCAAGAUAAAAAUCAUGAAGGAACCUUGUUUUCUUUGAAACUUGUGGACUGUUUCUUCUGUACAAGGAAAUACACUGGGAUUGAAUUUUGAUAACAAAUUCACAUUUUGGUCUCAGGUAGAAUCCCAAGGAGAGGCCUUUGAAGUUGGGCUUAGGAAGGCAGUGGGGACCAAUUUUUACCUUUGAAAGGGGAAAAGGAAAUGAGACCCCAGG